ACUUAGGCUUGUGCCUUCCAAGGUGGAGCUUUGAAAGAUGUCGAGCUGAAUGCUGUCCAGGGGAGUCCGGGCCAGACGGAGCGCUCACCACUCCGGUCAGAGUCAUGAGAACCCAGGGUCUGCUGUCCAUCUUGCUUCUCUGCGUCCUGCUGCUGCAGGCCUGGGGAGGGCAACGCAGCCAGAGGAUGAACCAUCUCAAAGCUAAAGCCUGUACGAAGCGACCCAAGGAGUUUACUUGUGAGAACCACUGUUCAUACUUCCAGCACUGUCCACAAAAUACCGUAUGCUGCUCAGCCUUCUGCGGGAAUGUUUGUAUGAACAUCCUGUGA